UUGAUUGAUAAGUACAACAAAAGAAUGCGCGGAAUUGUCAUUUUGUUUACAAUCGUAACGGCAUGCCUAGCCUAUGGCCCGGAUACAGAAUCGGACUGCUUCAGAAACAGCGUGUGGCAACCUAAUAAUGUUUUAAUAAAGCUCUUAAAUUUCUUUUACGAUAGCAUAGCCUUGACAUCAGCGGACACGUGUUUUCCUCAAAGACGCUUCGUGUCUGUCAUCACUUUUGCAAAAACAAUUUUAGUAUCAAGAAAUUCUACGAACUUUGCAGGGAGCAUUGAAAUUGCAAAGAUAGAGACUGAGAAACAGUUAAAUAAGCCAGCUGCGCCGCUCGCUGGACCAUUUCGUGGUAUCAUCGAUCGACUGCUUAAUGUCAUAGAUCAGCCAAUUAACGACGUACUAGCCAGUUGUAAGCCUGAGACGUACGAUGAGGAAUGCCAGAUUAUGUUGAAACACUACCGUACUAGACACGAAAAACAAUGUAAAGGCUAUUACAAAAAUGUUGAAGUUUAUAACAGUAUCACGAAUUGGGCAAAUCAGGAAGACACCAUUGAUUACAUUGAAGAAUUGACUCGAAGAAGUAACCGCAAAGAAAGCGAUACAGAAGCUCUAGAUUUUUUCGAGAACGCUGCUACAAAGAAGUACAGAAACGUUUAUAAGGAAUUUCGAGACAUCUUCAUGCAAGUUAAAAAUGAUUUUUUCAAUUGUAAUUCAUUAACUUUUAUAAAUACUAAUUGUAUAUAA